GCUGUAAAAGGUCCUCCAAAAACUCUUAUACUGAGAUUGAACUCUCGGUAUCAAUCAGCGAAAUGAGGAACAAGGAUUGACCACCAAUAGUAACAGGGUUUCACAUCAGGAAACCUCGUCACUGUUGUGAAGGGGGACGAAUUACUUCGGUAAUGGGAGAACUAGCUUCAAUAUCAGGCUACCAGGCUUUCUGACCCCUGUUUAUUACGAUGUUUUUACUUUCCUGCUGCUCCGUACCUAGUUAUGUCGCCUGGGACAACAGUUCACGAGGAGUAUAAGAAGAUCGACACUUCUCCCAUUAUUCUCUUCUUCCUCCACCACCAUCAAGGCCAUCAACUACUUACACUCUUUAACUACACUCUCUAAAUACCAGCUUUCGUUUUUCAAUCGUUCUUACCUUACAGCCAAAAUGGUCUCUCUACAAAUUGCUGCUAUCGGUGCUCUUGCCGCCUCUGUCGUUUCAGCCGCCAGCAUCCCAAAUGAGUUGGCAGUGAGACAAACCUCCCCAGGUAAGCGCAAUUGCAAUUCAAUUGCAAAUCCAAAUAAUUGGCCUUGAAUCUAACCUAGUACAGGUUCCUACGCAACUGCAUACCUAGACAUCGAGAAGAAGAUUGCCGACUUUGGUUGCGCCCCUCUCCCAGCCGAUCACCUCUUCAACAAGAACAACGUAAGUAAUCACUCAGCGAGGAAAGUCUCCGUACUAAUACUACUAUAGUUCACCUACUUCAUUGAUGUCUUGUCCGACUACUACAGCAUCAUUGCUACCCCUCUUGUCACCGCUACAGACAAGUCAGCUUGCGGUACUUGUGUAGAGGUUACAUACACCACCGAUGCCGGUGAGAAGAACAAGGUGUAUGGUGUUACUGUUGAUGGAACUGGCGGGUACUACAACCUCGAUCUUGCUGGAUAUGCAGGAUUGGGUGGAAGAGAGCCAUUUAACAAGGGUACCCUCCAGAUCAAGGCCAAGACUGUUGACCUUAAGAAGUGUGAGCGCCAAAGACAGUAGAUGACUUAUGUCCUCGCUGUAUAAAGGAGUAGGUAGUUUUGGUGUGAAAAUUAUGGACUUGGUAUGGACUUGGUAGCUCUUUUUAAUCAACGGAAUUUUUCUUCUUCCA